CAUGUCGCUGUUUUAUGUGGUUUUGACAUAAAGCAUAGUUUAGAAGCAUGUUAUAGCACUCAUGCAUUCUAGUGAGAUUGUGUGAGAAAGAGGUCUGAGGGUUGUGCGUAUAAAGAAAUGUUGGGUGAAUAUCAAGUGCGUUGGUCAAAUGGUUGUGUCGCCGUUGGAUUUAAAUGAACAUCGAUGGUCUUGUUUAAAAAUAGUUAGGGUCGGUGCGAUGAGUCUAGAAAGACGAGUAGUGGGGAUUCUUGAGAACGUUGAUGACCUUGGAUAAAAAUCUAUUGGGGUCGAUGAAGAUGAAUGGUGACCCUGGCUAAAAUCAGUUGGGGUCAAUAGAAAGCGUUGAUGGUUCUUGGAUAAAAUCAAUUGGGGACGACGAAGAAUGUCGGUGACCCUGGAUAACAUUAGUUGGGGUUAACGUACCUUGAAGGUGUCGGUCGCAGAAAGCCUUGUGAGAGCUAAAUUGUGGGCAUUGAGUGAGCUUGAGUAGAGAUUGAGUAUGCAUUACAUGAUUCAAACUCGAGGCUUCAUUUAUGGACCCUUUUGAUGAAAUUCUUUCUGAUCCUGGUUUCACAUCCCGAACUGGGGGUAGAUUUCAACCAAAGAUCAAACCACGUCCUAAAAAGCAAACUUUGGCUCCACAAUUGUCCACAGUAUCUCAAGAUAAGAAGGGAACAACAUCGGAUGCUAAAUCUUGUCAUGAUGUUAGAGGAAACACAAAAUCAAUCAAGUCGUCAUCCCAACUUGCUGUGAUAGAGGAGAACAAGGAAUCUGAAGAUGAUUUGCUCUUGGCUACCGUAAGAUCUGAUUUCAUUGGUUGUUCACAUCACACCUCUGUGGAAAGUGCUAUAAUGGUAGACUCUACGCAGCUUGAUUUGGAUUCUUGUGGUGGUAUUCUUCCUUCAGGUUCUACUAUCGAUGGUCCAGUUGGAGUAGAAAAUCUUACCGAUGAUAGCAAAAAUUCGGGAAUAUUGAACUGUUCCCAUUCAAGUGCCUCUGGAGCUCAUGAAGCUACGGUUCUGGGUCAAAGUGGACUAGGAUCAAUCCAGCCUGAGGAUGGGCAUUCCAAUGAUGGUAAAAUAGCAGGGCAGAAUACAGAUGUAUUUUAUGAUUUGGAAUGGCUAGAUGAUUUUCAUAACCAACCAAAGAAUGAAGCAGAUCCUUCAAGCCUUAAGCAAGCAACAAUUUCCAAUGAGGAUGGAGAUUUGGAUAAACAAAGGUUGGAAGUAGAGGAAUGUGGGGCAGGAGCUAAUAUCACCGAGGAUACAAUAAGUUCUGGGACCACUACUGAACAACCUGCUUGCAAGUAUAUACCAAAGCCCAAAAUGAGAAUUGCAGGAGACAGUUGCACACAAAUCUCUCAGCCAGAAAUCUCUAAUACGCUUCCACCAUCUCCACAAGUUAUUUCUUGUGAUACUAAGUGCAUGCAUGAAGCCUCAAUUGGUACCCAUUCAGAUGGUGUUCUUAAUGAUUCAUCGAUCAACUUUGAUGACUACUCUCCUGUCAACCAGCACAUUGAAGCACCUGUUAAUGUAGAGUCAUUAGCAUAUGACUCUUAUGGUGACAUACUGGUAGAUGAUUUUAAUUCAGAUGAUCAGGAUGAGAUGUUAAGAGAAGAGGGUGGUAAGAAUGGUGAAGAAGACCCUUCGAGUCGAUCAAAUAUGUCUCAGCAGCAAGAGAUGUUCCCCCCAGUUGGUGAAGAAAUUGAGCAUAGCAAAACUUCGAGGAAGUUGAGACAGCAGGUUUCUCAUCAACUUGGUGAUCCAGAAGAUGGUGUUGAUGAUUUCCCUAGUGAACGCUUUAGUAAUUGUGAUAUACAUGGAGAUGGCUAUAAAAAAAAUGAAACCUCAAAAGGACGUCGAGGAACAAAAACUAAAACGAAGUCAUUGAAACCUUCUAGUGAUAAUGAAAAACCAACUCGGAAGCGCAAGGAGGCUAAUAAAGCAGUUCCAGAUUUGCAAGCUGAAAAACGUCCUAAGAAGUUCUCCCAUUCAACUCGCCGGAAUAGAAGGCAAGUAAACAAGGUUCUGCUUGAAACUCCGGAGGAUGAAAUUGACUUUCAAAAAAUAAGUUUUAGGGAUCUCAUUAUUUAUCACGAGCACAAGGAGAAAUUAGAGAAAAAAGAGGCAACCACAAGACAAUCGGCAACCAAUCAAAGAACCGAUACUGUCGGCGAGGAGAUUUAUAAUGAUGGAGAGGAAAGCCUUGCUGAUGAACAAGGUAGAGGUACUGAUGAUGAUGAAACGCCUGAUGUAGUUGACAUGACUUCUGCUUACUUUAAUUACCAUUCAUUCAUGGACAAAACAUCACGUACAAAGUGGUCAAAGCAUGAUACAGAGCGUUUUUAUGAGGCUGUUCGGCAAUUUGGAACGGAUUUUUGUAUGAUACAACAAUUGUUUCCAGGCCGAACACGGCAUCAAAUUAAACUAAAAUUCAAAAAUGAAGAACGUCAUCAUCCAUUUCGCCUAUCUGAUGCUAUAACUAAUCGUGCCAAAGACCAUUCCCAAUUUUUAUCGUUGAUUGGGCAGCUGCAAGAAGCUGCUAAUAAGGCAAAACACGAGUCCAAUGAAGACGAGUUGACUGAAAAUACUGGGAAUGAGGAGCUGGGAGAGUUGUCACCUGAAAUUAACGAGGAAGAAGUGGCAAAACCUGGAGAAGUGGAGGACACAAAAAUGGAAGAAUUUGUUGGUGAAAUUCACAGUCCAUUGAAGGCUGAUGAAAGUGAUGAUGAUGACCCCCAUAGAUGGGAUGAAUAUAAAUUUGACUAUUAGUGAACUGAACCUUAUUUAUAAUCAGAUCAAUGCAUGGCUUUUAGAUUAUUUGUAUUGAUCAAUUGUUGGUGGGUGGCCCUUGGGACAUUCUUAACGUUUUGUUCAUAACCCUGUAGUGUUGUCUAGAGGUGUAUGAUUUUUCUUUUCUUUUUUCUUUU